AAAACCAGAUAACCUCUCAAUUUUAUCUAACUGAUUUUUCUUUCGAUCAUUGACAAACCCAGACUACAUAACAACAUGGCAGAGGUUCUUGGCACAGUUGCUAGUGGCAUCGGUGUUGCUCAGCUGGCGGGCAAUCUUGCUUCGAGCAUCAUCAAGCUGAAGGGUUAUUGGGAUGAAAUUCAAGAUGCGCCCAAUGAUAUUAGCUUUCUGGCGCGAGAGAUUGAUUCCCAUCAUUUGAUACUUCGAAGCAUUCUUGAAAGCCAAGCCAACAUAACUUCUUCUGGCAGGGCUUCGGACAUGUUCCUUGAGCAUAGUCUUAAGUUGUGCGAAGAUUCUUCAAAUGAAUUAAACGAGCUUGUAAAAGCCCUUGGGAAGGAGAUGAACUCUAGCAAUAAAUGGAGAAGCAAAUUAGGUGCCACGAAGGUGGUACUGAAAAACGAUCAACUUAAGAGAUUGAAGAAGAGGAUGAAAAAUGCUUCAAAAGUGAUGAAUACCGCUAUCACAUGGCAAACAAAUGCCACUCUCCAACAACAAUUGCCAGUCUUCGAAUUAAAAAUACAGGCUUCUCUCGAUCAGUUUUUGAUAAACCAUCAGAAGCUUAUUCCAGUACCACCAUUGCCGAGUCCAAUCACCCAAAUUUCCUCGAUGAAUGCUCUAGAGCCACCAAGAGGCAUUACAACAAUUUCGCAGCCACAGAGCUCCGAAUGUCACAGCAAUUCAACCCCACGCUUUGUGCCCAAAGAUUGUACCUCCGCACAGAUUUCUAGUUAUGUAUACUCGUCAAGGUGGUCUGUUUAUUUAAUGGGCUCUGUUGAAAUUCGAAAGACACGGCAGCAACGGAAUAGAAACCGGUUUGAGGAAACUGAGGCAAAAUACAAACCCCCAGCAUGGCUUUCAAAUAGAGCGUGGCAAUGUAUGUACACCAAAGAUCUAUCAGCAUUGAGAUGGAACUUCAACAUUCAGACUUAUCGUACUUUGGACACUGGAUCAGAUUUCUACAAGGCCUUAAUAGCUGGAGAUGUUCUUGGUGUGCACAGGAUGCUGGCAAAUCGAACAGCUUUUUUGAACGAUCGAUUCUUGGAACCUUUUGGUACAACAUUUUGGGAAACUACCACGCCUUUACAUAUCGCUGCCUUAAACGCUCAUCUUGAUUUAUGUAAGUUCCUCCUGGUGGAAGGGGCAGAUGUCUCAAGUGAGGGAGGUAUGUACGGCCUAACACCAUUAGAAGAAGUUGUUAUUCUUACACAGCUUAAAUCUAAACCCUCUCAUCCUUUACUACUUGACAUUGCACGAGGUCUCGUCGAAGCAGGGGCAUAUUCAGAGCUCAUUGAUCGAAUAAAUCUGCUAGUUAUCAGUGCUAGUGGCUCUAUGGAAUUAUUUCAGUAUCUUCAACAGCACACGUUGAUGAUUUCUGGCGAGAUAAGUUUCAUAAAUAAGGUGUAUAUUGCUAGGUCUUUUUUGUACUCUGAUAGUGUACAAUCUCCAAAAUGGAUGCUGUCAUACCUUGGAGGUCCUGAUUUUCAGGCAAAGAUUGCACUGCAUCGUGAUGAUAGCACCGUGGAAGAUUUCUUUGUCGGUAUUUGCGGAGAAUAUUCGCAAGAUCAAUUUAAAGAUGACAGGGUGGACCUCAUCAAGAAAAUGAUAUCGGCCGGUGUGUCAUUACAUGUGUUAGACGAAGAUUACGAAACGAUGCUGCAAAAGGAAUUUUGGAGUUUCCAGGGAAGACUUUAUGUCCAAGAAAGAGAGAUUUGGGGCCUCGAGAUGUGGCUUGAAUUUUUAGUCAAAUUAAAUGUCGAUCUCAAUACAUACGGCGAAGUAGAGUCUUCAAUUUAUAAGAAGAAAAGAAUGGCCCAAGAUUUGGAUGCCUCUGACAAUUUCGUGGUGGAAUGCGUCUUAGGAUUCAAGUAUGGGCCUCGUAUUGAGGAUUGGGAUGUAUGGUUCACUGAACGGACGGAUAAAUAUGCCGGUGACUUUUGGAAACUUAUUCAAAAUCCACUUCAAGCUACUCUUGCAAAUAUAUCUAUACCCGGGGAAUGGGUUGAUUAAGCAUGAUACUUGAUUCGGUCUUGAUUUUGCAAAUUUUGGAGGAGAAAUCUCGUUCUGUCUCUUUGCAUCUUGGUUCUAUAUGUUUGGAGGGAGGGAUGGACGUUUGCUAUUCUAGGCAGGAGUUCUCCUAUGAAAUUCAUCUACGUUCAGCAUACAAUAAUGAAAUUCAUUUGAGCUGCAGAUGUCUCUAUAUCAUAUUAUGUUUACAAAUUCUGGAACAUCAAGCUACUUCGAUUCGAAGAGUUGCGGCGUCUUACUUAGAAAAACAUUGUCAGCAUUCGGCUGAAUGGUUUCAUGAACCACCACUGAUGAUGGACCGAACAA